CCCGGGAAUAAGAAACUUCAAGGUCAUGCCUGACGGUCCGACGAAUAAAGUUCUUAUCUGUGGGGAUGUUAAAGGGAAAGUGAAAGCAUUGUUUUCAAGAGUUCUAAAAAUUAUGGCUACAGCUGGACAAUUUGAUAUGAUGUUUUGUUUGGGAGACUUUUUCGGAAAUAAUAUUGAAGAAGUAGAAGGGCUGAUUGAUGGAAACAUUGCGGGUACUAUUUGCUUUCUUCUUAUUUUCAGUGCCCCUUCCAACAUACAUUGUGUCUCCACUUACAGAAUCUGCCCGCAAAUUUUGUGAUCAAGAAUCUGGUUGUAAACUUUGCAGCAACCUCACAUAUUUAGGUUCUAAGGGUACGUACACUACGAUGACUGGUCUACGUGUGGUGUACAUGGCCGAGCGAGAGGUCAAUUCUGAUAGUUCCAGCCUACCACCCAGUUUACUCAGCGAAGCUCUUGCAGCAGAAGACUAUGGAUUUCUGGGUGUUGAUCUUCUGCUCACCUGUCAGUGGCCAAAACACAUAGAUAACUGCAUAGUUGGUCAGUUCCCCGAUACUUGUCAACCUUGCCUUGACGCUGCCUCUAUGUCGAUUUCUCGACUUGCUUUUCUUACUCGUCCGCGGUACCACUUUUCGUGUGGCAAUGGUGUAUACUACGAAAGGUCACCAUACAGAAAUCAUCGUGUAUUACAAGAGAAAGCAUGUCAUACUACACGUUUUAUAGCUUUGGCUGAUGUGAAAAAUCCUCUUAACCAAAAGUAUUUAUAUGCUCUAAAGUUGACGCCUAUCGACAAAAUGGAUCAUCUAGACUUGAUUAAUCAACCACCGGAUGUAACCGAGAAUCCAUAUCUUGGAGUUAUUGAUCGGGAACCUGUAGCAGAUAAAGAAACAGAGGUUCAAACAGACCAAUACUUUUAUAACUUAGAUGCUAAGAAAGAACCAUACAUUCCUAGAAAGAAAGGCUUUUCACAAAAGCGUAGACUCAACAGUAGUGUUUCAGACGAGACAGCUCUUAUCAAACGUUUUUCGAAUGAUGGAGAAGAUACUAGUCAAGAAGGUUUUCAAGAAAAAAUUGACAAGAACAAAAUUCAUGAUGAUUGUUGGUUUUGUUUAGGCAAUCCAGAGGUUAAAAAGCAUUUACUUGUUAGCAUUGGUACACAAGUGUAUGUUGCAUUGCCUCGUGGACCUAUUGUACCUGAUCAUGUUUUAAUUUUAACUAUUGGUCAUUAUCAAAGUUGGAUAACGUGUCCUGAUUAUGUUCGUGAAGAAAUUCAAGCGUAUAAAUCACGAUUAAAACGCAUGUAUGAUGCACAAAAUAAAACAAUGGUUGUAUUUGAAAGGAAUUUAAAAACACAACAUUAUCAACUUCAAGUUGUUCCUGUACCGUAUUCAGUGGCAGCUCAUGUGAAGCAAUCAUUUCUUGAUAUGUCAGUCAGUUUUGAAGGUAGUCCAUGUGAAUUGAAGCAGAUUCCUCGUCGAACAGAUAUCGAUCAGAUUUGUCGAGUAGGCAUUCCUUACUUUUUUGUUGAAUUACCUACUGGAGAGAAGCUGUUCGGUCGGAUACCAAAAGAUCGUAUAUCUAGUACAAAUCUACAAUUUGGUCGUAUCGUUCUAACUAAUCCGAAUAUUCUGAAUUGUCCAGAGAAAGCAGAUUGGCAUGACUGUACAGAAGAGGAAGAAGUGGAAGCUGAUUUAGCGAAACAAUUUCGUAAAAUGUUUUCCAAAUACGAAGCGAUGUAAAGAAAGAAGCGCACCUCCAGUCCACUCCACCCCAGCCCACAACACCCACUCCGCCCUCUUCUCGUCUUUUCCUCAUUAUUCUGUACACUUUUUUUCUUCUAAAUAUCAGUUUAUUUACUUAUUGUAAACACUGCGGCAGUCAUCAUUGUUUUUUUUUCACUGGUACCUUUCUUUGCACCUCCGAUUUUUUUUUAAUAUUUCAUUGGUGAGAAAGAUUAUUCAUUCUUGUACAGUAAUAAACGACCUAGCAUAUUCAUAUUCUAUGCAUAUAGAUUCGCAAAUAAUAUGUGUAUCCUUCGUGC